AUGGAGCUCGAGCUCAACGAGAUGCGUCGUGAACAGGCCCAGGCGCAGAGCCACUUGGCGGCAAUGGAAGACCGCAGGAGGUGGAAAAAUUUCAAAAUAAGGGGCAUCCCAGAGCAAAUCGACAAGGCGGAAAUCCCCCAAUUAGGAGACUACUCACACACCUUCUCAGCCAAGCAGAGAGAUGCUUCAAACUCCCAGCGACUCCAUCACGUUCCACUGAGGUGAGCAGGGAUGCCAUCAUACGAUUUCAGAAUGGGCCGGAUAGGCAAGCAUUCCUAACAGCACUGCGGAAUAA